GUCAAGAUGGAAGAUGGUCAAGACUCAGGAUCAGACCAGACGUCUGACUCUAACAUUGUAGACAAGGGUUGGAGCAUAAUCUCUCACAACACAGAGCUGCUUUUCUUCACAACGCUGGGGAUUGUUGAAAUACUUGCUGAAGCUGCAGGCUACCGUCCAUUCAUACGUCUCAACAAUCUUCUUCCACCCGUCCCUGACUAUGGUGAAGGAGGAUCUAACGCGACUUUGGCAAACACAUCCGACCAGGGAGACCUCACCGACCUCGCGUUGAUUUACCAAAUAUCAAGAGUGGUGGACGUCGUCGGAGCCUACACUGUGCAUUUGUCACUAGCCACUCACAUACUCCUUCCUUACCCUGUAAUUACGGAGCGCCAGAACAUAUUGUUGGUGCCAUGGCUAGUGGUGACUCUGCUAAGAUCGGUAGUGCGAGAAUUGGUCAUUUCUCUGGUAGGCAUAGUGCUGUGUGCGUCCCACAAUGUCUUCUACUACCCAUGUGUUCAGUAUUCAGCUCUUCAAGGCGCUCAGUUCUGUUUCACCUUCUACUUCUGGUCAAGUAUGCACAACUUUUACCACUUCCUCCAGAACAAGCACUCCACUGAAGGUAGAGUCGCCAGUGUCAUCCACUCCAUCAACACCAACCUCCUCAACAGUGAGCCUCUGAGUCAGCGGUCUCUAGACCGUGUGUUAUCCGUGACAUUGGACGAGGACGAGGAAAACACAGAGGCGAUGUUGGUAGAACGAGCAGCCAUGGCGUGGAUUACGCGGGAAAUCCUAGAAAAUGACCGGGAAUACGUGACAGAUAGACAGUUCAGUGAGUACCUCGUGGUUAAAGCUACCAUAGAAUUGAAACAAGCGUUGAAAGAGUUGGCGGAGAAGAAAUUGACGAAGAAGAAAAAGCUCAAUACUAAACAGAAACUUAAGGCGAGUUUACAGAUCAUGGGGCUGUCCAGUAAGGAAUCUUUGGGAGACUCGAUGACAGAGGCUUUUGAGAGCAGUCGAACUCUGUCGAAGAGGGACCCCAUCAGGAAUAUAAGACCUUUAUUUUCUCGUGGGAAGCCUGUGUCGCCGGAUGCAUCCGUGAUAUCUGGAUUGUCUGACAUCACUGUUGCCUCUGGAACUUCGGUUGACUCUGAGGCGCAGACGGAACCUCCUACGAGAGAGAUGAGUAAACUUCUGGAUAUGCUUGAGAACCAGUGAGAGAGAGAGCGGGAGAACAAUAAGGGUACCGGUACCUACAGUUUGAAAUUCAACAACAAAAUUGUUUUCGUCUUAAAACGUAUUGUCGAUACUUCUACAAUAAAUGUAGGAGGAAGAAGAACCCUACAAAUGUAGUAAUCUCUUUUGAUUUGACAUUUUAGGGAUCAAACAAAUGUGUGGUAUUAAAAAAUAUUGAAUGCAA